CGCCUCCGGGAGGCCGAGGCGCGCGCGGCGCCCUUCCGGGCCCGCGCGGAGUGCAAAGGCAGCCGCCGGGCAGCGAUCCAGGGCGGUGCAGAGCCUGGGCGGGAGCCCGGAAGCGCAGCCGGCAUGGAGGCGCUGCUACUGGGCGCGGGGUUGCUGCUGGGCGCCUACGUGCUCGUCUACUACAACCUGGUGAAGGCCCCGCCGUGCGGCGGCAUCGCCAGCCUGCGGGGCCGCACCGCCGUGGUCACGGGCGCCAACAGCGGCAUCGGCAAGAUGACGGCUCUGGAGCUGGCGCGCCGCGGGGCGCGCGUGGUGCUGGCCUGCCGCAGCCGCGAGCGCGGGGAAGCGGCCGCCUUCGAUCUUCGCCAGGAGAGUGGGAACAAUGAGGUCAUCUUCAUGGCCUUGGACUUGGCCAGUCUGGCCUCAGUGCGGGCCUUUGCCACUGCCUUCCUGAGCUCUGAGCCUCGGCUGGACAUCCUCAUCCACAAUGCCGGGAUCAGUUCCUGUGGCCAGACCCGAGAGCCCUUUAACCUGCUGCUGCGAGUGAACCACAUCGGCCCCUUCCUACUGACACAUUUGUUACUACCCCGGCUGAAGACCUGCGCCCCUAGCCGCGUGGUGGUGGUAUCUUCAGCUGCCCACCGCCGAGGGCGCCUCGACUUCACUCGCCUGGACCGUCCAGUGGUGGGCUGGCGGCAGGAGCUACGGGCAUAUGCUGACAGUAAGCUGGCGAAUGUACUGUUUGCCCGGGAGCUUUCCACCCAGCUCGAAGGCACUGGCAUUACCUGCUACGCAGCCCACCCAGGGCCUGUGAAUUCAGAGCUGUUCCUACGUCACGUUCCAGGAUGGCUGCGCCCACUAUUGUGCCCACUGGCUUGGCUGGUGCUGCGGGCACCACGAGGAGGUGCCCAGACACCACUGUACUGCGCUCUACAGGAGGGCAUCGAGCCCCUCAGUGGGAGAUAUUUUGCCAACUGCCGUGUGGAAGAGGUGCCCCCAGCUGCCAGAGAUGACCGGGCAGCUCACUGGCUCUGGGAGGCCAGCAAAAGGCUGGCAGGGCUUGAGACUGGGGAGGAUGCUGAACCUGAUGAAGGCAUCCAGUCUGAGGACCCAGGCACCUCAUCUUCUCUGAGCAGCCCCCAUCUUGCAGAUCCCACAGUUUCUGAACCCCACUUCCGCGCCCAGAGCUCACCAGACUUGUCAAAGCGCACACAGUGAAUUCUGGUUAAAGCUGAAACUGAGUCCCAAGCCUCCUAACCCCCUGACUGGGAUGCUUCCUGUGGUACUGGAAGGCCCAGGAAAAUCAUAGCUGCAUGCCAGGCCAGUCCCUUAGCACUGAGGGGUUUGCAGUUUUUACCUCCAUGAUAACUUUCUGGGGCUUCAAGAUGUGUCCUGAACAGCUCUUUACCUGGUAGAAAGAACAACGUCGAUCAUUUCUUGGUCAGGGUGACAAUAACCCCAGAUUGAGAGGUAGGAAGUCACGUGCCAGACUCUGCUUAUCAGGAAUGCUAACAUCCUAUUCCCAGGCCCCACUUGGUGAUGCCGAUCAGUUCUGGAGAAGAGCCUGGGAAUUUGCGACUGAAUGCACUGCCAACACUGAACUGGGGCCUUAGCAACCCGGUAGCUACGUAGGUAAAUUACCCCCGUUUUGCAGAGCUAAGAGACUCUCAGGGUCUCACCGCUAGUAAGUAGCAGGGUGUUCCAGGGCCCACUACUGUAACAGUGGAUGCUGGGCGGUGAGGUGGGGCAGAGCGGCUGUCAUUGGGGCGCCCCGUGGGAACAGGGUGCGCCUUCCGGGGUGUUACAGGGCUGAGCCCGGCCAUCCGGACCUCAGUGCAAUAAAGCGUGCGGACAGCCA